GGUAGCUGUCGCAGCUGCUGCCAGGUCCGGGCAGCCGGCACGCGAAGUAGCGGGUCGUGUGACGACGCGGGCUCCAUCUGGCCCAGCCAUGGACCGAAAGGUGGCCCGAGAAUUCCGGCACAAGGUGGAUUUUCUGAUUGAAAAUGACGCAGAGAAGGACUAUCUCUAUGACGUGCUGCGGAUGUACCACCAGACCAUGGACGUGGCCGUGCUCGUGGGAGACCUGAAGCUGGUUAUCAAUGAGCCCAGCCGCCUGCCUCUAUUUGACGCCAUCCGGCCCCUGAUCCCGCUGAAGCACCAGGUGGAAUACGACCAGCUGACCCCCCGGCGCUCCAGGAAGCUGAAGGAGGUGCGUCUGGACCGUCUGCACCCCGAAGGCCUCGGCCUCAGUGUGCGUGGUGGUCUCGAGUUUGGCUGUGGGCUCUUCAUCUCCCACCUGAUCAAAGGCGGUCAGGCAGACAGCGUCGGGCUCCAGGUAGGGGAUGAGAUCGUUCGGAUCAACGGGUAUUCCAUCUCCUCCUGCACCCACGAGGAGGUCAUCAACCUUAUCCGGACCAAGAAGACUGUGUCCAUCAAAGUGAGACACAUCGGCCUGAUCCCUGUGAAGAGCUCUCCCGACGAACCCCUCAAGUGGCAGUAUGUGGAUCAGUUUGUGUCAGAAUCUGGGGGCGGGCGGGGCAGCCUGGGCUCCCCGGGGAAUCGGGACAACAAGGAGAAGAAGGUCUUCAUCAGCCUGGUGGGCUCCCGGGGCCUGGGCUGCAGCAUCUCCAGCGGCCCCAUCCAGAAACCCGGCAUCUUCAUCAGCCACGUGAAGCCUGGCUCCCUGUCUGCCGAGGUGGGGCUGGAGACAGGGGAUCAGAUUGUCGAAGUCAACGGCAUCGACUUCUCCAACAUGGACCACAAGGAGGCUGUGAACGUGCUGAAGAGUAGCCGCAGCCUGACCAUCUCCGUCGUAGCAGGAGCUGGCCGGGAGCUGUUCAUGACAGACCGGGAGCGACUGGCGGAGGCGCGGCAGCGGGAGCUGCAGCGGCAAGAGCUCCUGAUGCAGAAGCGGCUGGCCAUGGAGUCCAACAAGAUCCUCCAGGAGCAGCAGGAGAUGGAGCGGCAAAGGAGAAAGGAAAUCGCCCAGAAGGCAGCAGAGGAAAAUGAGAGAUACCGGAAGGAGAUGGAACAGAUUGCAGAGGAGGAAGAGAAAUUUAAGAAACAGUGGGAAGAAGACUGGGGCUCAAAGGAUCAGCUGCUCUUGCCUCAAACCAUCACCACGGAGGUGCACCCAGUACCCCUUCGCAAGCCAAAGUAUGAUCAGGGAGUGGAGCCCACGCUCGAGCCCACAGAUGACCUGGAUGGAGGCCCGGAGGAGCAGGGAGAGCAGCCACAGGAGAUGUUGAAGAGGAUGGUGGUUUAUCAGACAGCAUUCAGACAAGACUUCCGGAAAUAUGAGGAAGGCUUUGACCCCUACUCCAUGUUCACCCCGGAACAGAUCACAGGGAAGGAUGUCCGGCUCCUGCGCAUUAAGAAGGAGGGAUCCUUGGACCUGGCCCUGGAAGGCGGUGUGGACUCCCCGAUCGGGAAGGUGGUCGUCUCUGCUGUUUAUGAGGGGGGAGCCGCCGAGCGGCAUGGUGGCAUUGUGAAAGGGGAUGAGAUCAUGGCGAUCAAUGGCAAGAUUGUGACAGAUUACACUCUGGCUGAAGCUGAGGCUGCCCUGCAGAAGGCCUGGAACCAGGGUGGGGACUGGAUUGACCUCGUUGUUGCUGUCUGUCCCCCCAAGGAGUACGACGAUGAGCUGACCUUCUUCUGAAGUCCAGAAGAAGAAACCAAAUUCAGCCCUAGAAGACGAUGAGCUCUGGCCCCACGUCCUGAACACAAAGCCUCGGAGCAGCUGAGAGAGGCCGGCCGACCUGCAGGCACAGCAGGCAGCCCUGGACACCUGCACCCAGCACCCGGGAAUUUCACACUCCCUUUGGCCGGAACCGGGGCUGGCUGAGGAACACAUUUGGGCCACCUUUCUGAAGGCCAAUAUGGAGAGGAGGGUGCAGCCAGCGGUUUGGAGAGGGCCUCUGGGAUUUGGGAUUCAUUUCUUUUCUCUGGCUGGGGGAAUUUUGUCUCUCCCAGCCCUGGGGGACUCCUCCUUUGAACUCUAAUAAGACCCAUCUCCUGAUUCCCUCUGCAUCACUCUGCCCUGGCCCCUACUGUCAUUGCUGCUAGGAUUGCUGUCCCAAACCUUACUCUGAGCUCAUUAAUAAAACAAACAGAUUUCUUUUCCA